AAAACUGUCCGUUCCUUUUCUUUUUGGUUUGCGAGGGGGUUUCCAAAAAUUUUCACGGCCAAGGAGAGGGAAGAAGGUGGAGAAAUCAUCUCAAGUAGAAGGAAUCGUUCAUGAAGGCGGUUUCUCCGGCGGACGGAGGAACCAGGCAUCAGUCAACGUCGCUGGUGAUUUCUCAACUGCCUGCGGCGGCGCGGCGGUUGGAUUUCUACGUUCAGGAUGGUCGCCUGAGCAACCUCAAGGACACCGUCGAGUUCCGAGACUGUUUUAUCUCUCUGGCUAAAAUCAUUGAUUUCGCGAUUGCAAACAAUGAGGUCCCAGCGAAAGCUCGAGAAUUGCCUUCACUGCUCAAGAAGGUGUGCAGGCGUAGAAGUGAGCAUCGUUUCAUAUAUGCUGCGUUAAUGGUGAUGAUGGUCUCGGUUAAGAAUGCUUGCCAAUUGGGAUGGUUUCAACAGAACGACGCUCGGGAACUUUUGGCACUCGCUGAUGAGAUACAUAAUAGUUUUUGCGGUCCUGGAGGUAGCAGCCCUAAUCAAGAAAGUCCAGGCAGUCCAUUUUCACAGAUCAUGGAGAGGUUCUAUCCAUUUAUUAAGCUGGGGCAUACUCUUCUUUCUCUUGAAGUAAAGCCGGGGUGUACAAUAUUGACGAAUGACUUCCAUAUCUCAAAGAGGACGCCACAUUCUACCCAACAGAAAAUAAGGUUAUUUGUUGCUCGAACGGACAACAUUGAGACAUCUGCCUGUAUUAUAAGUCCUCCAGAAGUCAGCUUCCUAUUGAAUGGAAAGGCAGUUGAGAAGAGAGUCAACAUCCAAAUGGAUUCUGGGCCUCAGAUACCAACAAAUGUGACUGGAUUACUCAAAUAUGGGACGAACCUUCUACAAGCAAUGGGCAAUUUCAAGGGGCAUUACAUCAUCGUUCUUGCCUUUAUGGGUGUGAUACCGCUGUCCGAAGCACCUGUGCUGAAAGAUUACGUUCAGUCUGAAAGCAUUGAAUCAAAUUCAGAUGCUGACCUAAUCGAGGGGCCAUCUCGGAUAUCUCUCAAUUGUCCUAUCAGCCGCUCUCGUAUCAAACUUCCUGUCAAGGGUCUCUUGUGUAAACAUCUUCAGUGUUUUGAUUUCUCAAACUAUGUCAACAUUAAUAUGAGAAAACCGUCAUGGCGCUGUCCACAUUGCAAUCAGCCUGUCUGCUAUACCGACAUUCGUGUGGAUAAGAACACAGUGGAGGUUCUAAAAGAGGUGGGAUAUGAUGCUGCUGAUCUAAUAAUGUCUACUGGUGGAUCAUGGAAAGUCGUAAUGGAAAAUGAUGAGAAAAUGGAACAUGUGCGUCAAACCAUUCAUGAUCAUGAAGACCCAACUAGCAUCUUAAAAUCUGGGUCAAUGGUUUUGGAUCUCACUGGGAAUAAUGAUGAUAAUGAUGAGAUUGGAACAUUUGGUAAUACCGAGGUUGAAGACCGGAAGCCUCUUUUGUCUGAUAUUCAAGGCCAGUCUAGUAAUGAUGUGAAUAUCGCUGCUUUGAACGAGGCCUUCUCUGGGUUUGAUACCUCGAAUGGCCUAUCACUGGAUCCUUCUAUGCUGAAUCUGAAUCAGUUUUCUACUCCGAGCAACAGCAUGCCACAGCCACCGCAAACUUCAGAUACUGCCUUCGAGCAAGAAUAUCCUAACUUAUUGCAAAUACCAAGAAGCCAAGAUCCCGUAUCAGUACAAGCCCUACCUGUGCCAUCAUUACAGACCUCAUCUGUUCCAGACAGACCGACCACAUUCUGUGCAUCAGUACCCACUUCUCAGUCCUCUCCGUUUCAGGCUUCACCCAUUAGGCCGGUUGGACAUAACAUGGCCGAGGCUUCUCGGGUUCAGAUAUCAUCUGCACAGGAUAGACUUGAAACUACCACCAGGUUCAGCACAUCGUUGAUACCAACGCCUCAAUCUUCUCAGGCUCAUGCUUCAUUUGUUCCUCCCGUUCGACAUUGUCAAGGUAGAGCCUCCAGGUUGAUGGAGAGAUGGAGACCAUAUCACCGAAAUCCAUCUCAAGUGCCAACCAUGGCUUCAUCCCGGGAUCAUCCUUCAAUACAGAACCGGAGGCAUCCUGUUAGAAGCCAGUUCCCAACAGCCAUAAGACAACAACCACCACCACCACCAUCGUCCCUUUCACAGUCUCAUACAGUGAAAGGAACAACCUUUGGCCAGCAAACAAGGUCUGUCCAGAUGGAGAGGCAAAGGCUUAGCCAAGAGGGUCUAACGGUUCAAUCUGUAUCACGGGUCAGCAACCUUGUGGACCAGACCACGGCUAACAACUGGCGGCCACAGGGCCGUAUGAGAGGAAGCCUCGUACCUGGUUCAUAUUCCACGGCUCUUGACCAACUCAUCAUCCGACCAACUCAACAGUCUCAGACAACUCAACCACAAGUUCAAACACCGUCACCAUCUAUGGCUUCAUACAAUAUCUCUGUUAAUAUCGGAUCGUUUUUGGCUAGCCGAAUGCACGGGACGAGUAUUCCCAAGACGCAAACCGUGACAGAUUCAUCACCUCCUGGUUAGAUCUGACCACCCGAUCUUGGUAGGACACAACACUAACAUAACAUUUUGAAAAGUGGUUAAUGUGGUAGUAGAUUGUUUUUUGUUUUUUUUUUGGGUUUGAAUCGGUUUAGUCUUCCGGUUUGCAUAUAGGAUUCCCGGUUAGUUGUUCGGUUAUAUAUGUUUUCAAGAGGGCUGUACUCCAUCAGUCCGUCUGCAGUGUAAUGGAUGCUUGUGCUGAAGGAAUGGUGGUGUAUGAUUCCCGGUUUAACAAUGUUCUCUUUUGUUAAGAAACGGCAAAUUACAAUAUAUAUACACACACAUGUGUGUGUGUGUGUGAUUUGCUAGCGUUGUACA